AUGAGGACUUCUGAGGAGUGCUUGAAGAUUCUGGGCAGACAUCUCAUGAAAACCCAUCGUGUCCAUCGGCAUUGUUUCACUGGUGACCUUGCCGAACACAGAAUGUGGAGCCAGGCCUUUCCAAACUGUAAGUUUGGCAUCUCUCCACUAAUCCUUAGAGAUCGGUCACUCAGAUCCGUGGUGAAGCAGCUUUCUCUUGAAGACCUCCUGAUUGAGUCUAAUGCCCCAUACCUUCCAUUAGAGAGAGGAGGUGUUGGUUCCCCUUUCCAGGUUGAGGGUGUGGUUGAGGCUAUUGCUGAGGAUCGGGCCAUAUCGAUACGUUCCGUCGCUGAGGCCACCACCAGGAAUGCGAGGGGGCUCUACCAUAUUGAGUGA